AAUACCAUGUGGAAUGAAAGUGGAUUUAAGUGUGAUCAAAAAUAAUUUUAACAUUUAUCUUUAAAAAAAUGACUAAAAAGAAAUUAUUUGAUGAGGAUUCUGAAGAGGAAGAAGUUAGUUUAAAAACAGAAAAUGAAUAUGCGAAGAAAUACGAUAGGUGGCGCGAAAAGGAGGAGCUACACAAACUGGAACAGAAGUAUGGAUCAAAAUCAUUAGAUUCAAAUGGAUCGGAAUCAGAUAGCGAAGAUGAAAGCGAUGAACCGCCAGAAAUUAACGAAGAAGUUGAGGUUCAAUUCCUUAAAACAUUAUCUCUAUUAAAAACUAAGGAUCCUAGAAUAUACGACCCGAAUUAUAAGUUCUUUGAUGAGAAAGUAGAGAAGGAAAAGGAAAAAAAAGAGGAAGUGAAAAAAGUAACAUUUGCUGACAGUGAUGAUGAUGAUGACGAUGGACCCAACAUAUUCAGUAUUGAAAAGAAAGCUGAAAUUGAUGAACCAGUAAAGAAAGAUACAAAACCUGAGGAUGGGAAACUAAAAGAUUUCCUAACAGGCAAGGCUGAGCAUAUUGAUGAUGAGGUAGAGAAAGACUUGGCUCCACUCAAGUCGUUAUGGUCUGAUCCUACGCUGAAUGACGGAGAGGCAUUUCUGAGGGACUAUAUAUUGAAUAAACGAUAUUUGGAUGAUGAUGAUGAAGCAGUGCCAGAAGAGAAAGUAAGAGAUGAUGAAGACUUGGAAGCUGACGAGAAGACAGUCGAGGAACAGGGGAAAUUUGAACGGGCUUAUAACUUCCGAUUUGAAGAACCAGAUGAGGAAUAUCUAAAACGCUACCCCCGUACAAUGAACUACAUACGUCCCAAAGACGACCGUCGCUCACGCAAACGCGCGGAAAUACGAGAGAGGAAAGAACAAGAGAAGAAGAAGAAAAUGGAAGAGAUCGCGAGGAUGAAGGCACUAAAAUUGAAAGAGAUACAGGAAAAGAUCGCUAAGAUCAAGGAGGUUACCGGCAAUGAGGAUCUUGCUUUUGAGGAACAAGAUAUAGAGGGUGACUUUGAUCCCGACGAGCACGACAAACGAAUGAAGCAGCUAUUUGAUGAACAGUUCUACGGCCAGGCUGAUGAUGAGAAACCCGUCUUCCCUGAUCUCGAUGAGGAGCUUGAAAUUGAAAAUUGGGAUAACUAUGAGAAUGAGAAGCAAAAUGUUGAUAAUGAAAAUGGACCACAUUGUGAAGAUGAAGAUUUUAAUAUGGACGCGGACUACGAUCCCAAAAAGGCGAAAGAGAAUCUAGUAGAGGAAUUAAAGAGAAACGUAGGCAAGAAACGCAGAAACCGCAAGCGUAAAUCCAAGCUAGCUGAAAUAUUAGCAGAAGAUAAGCCAAAAUUUGUGCCAGAUGUUGAAAAAACAUACAGUGAAUUCAUGGAAGAGUAUUAUAAGAUGGAUUGUGAAGAUGUGAUCGGUGGAGACUUGCCGACCAGGUUCAAAUAUAGGGAGGUUGUGCCGAAUGAUUAUGGACUUAGUAUAGAGGAGAUUCUCCUAGCUGAUGACAAAGAACUAACUCAAUGGGUGCCAUUGAAGAAAAUAGUUAAAUAUCGUCCAGAAAAUAUAGAGAAGAGUGAAGUGAACACAUACAGACAGAAAGCAGCUGACGAGAGACUCAAACGCAAAGUAUUGCCGAGUUUGUUCAAGGAUUUACCUGAGGAGCCAGAAGUGGUUGUACCCCUUGAAGAAACAAUUAAGAAGAAGAAGAAGAAAAAGAAGAAGAAUAAAACUAAAAACGACGAUGAAACUGAAGUUAGUAACAACAAGGAUGAAGAGAAUACAGAACUAAAUGACUUAUCUGAAAAUAAUGAUACGGGAAUAGAAAAUGAAGUUAAAACAAAGAAAAAUAAGAAAAAGAAACACAAACAUGGAAGUCACAAUGCAACAGAAAUAAAUACAGAAGAUAAUAGCAUUAAUGUUGUUGAUGAAAAUACAAGCAAUAUAAAUGAUAAUAAAGACAAUGAUAGUGCUAUAGAAGCUAAUGAAGGUAAAAAGAAGAAGAAACAUAAAACUGAAGUAACUAAUUGUGUACAAGUUAAUAAUGAAAAAGAAGUGGUUGAAAAUAGUCAAAUUAACGAAAAUUCUAGAAGGAAAAAGAAAAAGAAAAAUAAACAAAUUAACGCUGACAUUCAAACAAAUGGUGAAAGCACACAAGCUAACACAGAUAAAUCGAUAAAUAUUAUAGCUACUAAUUUUGGAAAGAGAAAGAAACAUAAUUCGUUCACAGUUGAGGAUGUGAAUUCUGAAUCAACUAAAGCAAGUAAAACUGGUGUUUUCAAUAAAACACAAGGACAAAAGAGAAAAGCUAAUUUCAAUGAUGAUAAUGCACCGAAAAGGAAGAAAAACAAAAAACAAUUCAAUAAUGAUAAGAAAAAGACUUCAAAUAAUAAGUCUAGUGAUAACAAAAAUCCUCUGUCAAAAUUAUCAGAUGAGAGAUUGAAAGCGUAUGGGCUUAAUCCUAAAAAGUACAGGAGUUUCUUGAAAUAUAAAAAGUUUUAACUUUUAAGCAUUAUGUAAAUAUUUGAAAAAUACAAUUUGUAGAAAAUAUUAAAUAAAUUAAUUUCUAUA